AUGGGAGCAAUCCAUCGAUCUCGAGCCAUAACCUGGCUUAUCGUGGCUAUUUUUUCUCAUCUCAGAGCAAAUGGUCAUGACUACCCUAUCGAUGAUAGUGUUGGGCUAGGCCCAGUAUUUGAUGGAAUUGGAGCUAUCAGUGGUGGAGGUGCAACAUCUCGUCUAUUGGUUAGUUACCCCCAAAGUCAACGAGAACAAGUUCUAGAUUAUUUGUUUAAGCCAAACUUUGGCGCUUCGUUGCAUACCUUUAAGGUAGAAAUUGGAGGAGAUGGGCAAAGCACGGAUGGAACAGAACCAUCGCAUAUGCAUUCAGAAGAUGAUGAAAACUAUCAACGAGGAUAUGAAUGGUACUUAAUGGUGCAAGCGAAAAAGAGAAAUCCUAAUAUCAAACUGUAUGGUCUACCGUGGGCUUUUCCUGGAUGGGUUGGGAAAGGUACUCAAGAUCCCUACAAAUAUCCCCUUAUUACAGCAAAAUACAUUACCAAAUGGCUCAUGGGUGCAAGAAAGUAUUAUAACCUGACGAUUGAUUAUGUUGGGAUUUGGAACGAGAGGCCAUUUAAUAGCAAUUAUAUAAAGGAAUUAAGAAAAACUCUAAAUGAAAAUGGUUUGGAAAAAACUAAAAUUGUCGCAGCAGAUAAUCAUUGGAAUGAUAUAGCAUCAGCAAUCCAAAAUGAUCCCGAACUAGCAGCUGUAGUUGAUAUAAUAGGAGCUCACUAUCCGGGCACAAUGUCACCUAAGGAAGCUUCGGCAACUGGUAAACCUCUUUGGGCGUCAGAAGAUUACAGUACUACUGAUAACAAAAUCGGUGGAGGAUGCUUUGCUAGGAUAAUUAACCAAAACUAUGUCAAUGGAAAUAUGUCAAGUACAAUAGCAUGGAAUCUUGUUGCCAGUUAUUACAAUGGGCUACCGUAUCCAAAUGAUGGCUUGAUGACUGCAAAUGAACCAUGGUCUGGGCAUUACGAAGUCGCAAGCCCAAUUUGGCUAGCAGCUCAUACGACACAGUUUGCUUUUCCUGGUUGGUUUUAUUUGAAACGAGGAUUUGGAUCUGGACAUUUAGAGAAGAACGGCAGUUUUGUUACGUUUAUCGAUCCUACUAAAAAAAAGUUCGCGAUUGUCAUUGAAGCAAUGUCUCAUGAACAUUCUCAAUGCAUUCGACCUCCUCUCCCACAGUACUCGAUUACUAAUCAGGUUGCGUUAUUUCGAUUGCAAGGAUCUCUGAAAAAUUUGGUUGAUAAAGUAACAUUGUGGCGUACUUGUUUAAAAUUUAACGGACCUUCAUCUUUGUUCGAAAGAAUUGGAACAAUUCCAGUAGUUAAUAAUGUGAUAGAACUGAAGAUCGAUGUAGAUUGUACGUAUACGAUUACUAAUACUGCUGGCCAAAGAAAAGGCCACUAUCCCAAUCCUCCAGCAGGGCAAGAAUUUCCGCUGCCUUAUCAUGAUGACUUUGAUAAUUAUCAAAUAGCUAGCGAAGCCAAAUAUUUUGCUGAUCAAACCGGUGUAUUUGAAAUACACAAUAGCAAUACGCCGAAGCAUGGACGUGUUAUGCGACAGAUGGUUUUUAAUUCGCCGAUAUCAUGGUGUACAGAUGCUGCACAGCCAAUAAGCCUUAUCGGUAACUCAGACUGGAAAGAUAUCACAGUGCAAACGGACUUUCUAAUCGAAAAAGGCGAAGGCGUUCUAAUUGCAGCAAGAAUUGGUUUUGGUGGGUGCAAUAUUGCAUUUACACCGGGAGUAGUAUUGCGGAUCACAAUUCAUGGUUAUUUUACUCUCAGUGAAGACUUAGGUGGCUUUCUUACAAUACAUUCUGGCAAAUUGCUGACACCCAUAGGGCUGAAUACUUGGCAUACUGCCACUUUAACUGUUAAGGGAGGCAUGGCUGCUGCUACGUUUGAUCACAAGCCCCUAUUUAACAAUAUCUUUGUUGGCUAUAGUGAAGGCUUCGCAGCUAUAGGCGCACAAUCUUUUAUCCCGGUUCAAUUUGAUAAUUUUAGUGUACGGCGUUCAUAA